AUGGGUAAAGAACUGUGCCUGAGACUACAGGUGUUGGACACACCAGGAUCUUCUCAUAGCAGCUUGGAACAUGAAGAGGUGAAGCACAGAAUAAAGAAAGCCCUUUCCCAGCAAUUUCCAGGAGGGUUACAUAUGGCCUUACUUGUCCUCAGGGCUGACAUACCUUUCUGUGAAGAAGAUAACCAGUACACUGUCAAAUUAGCAGAGGUAAUUCAUGUAAUAAGAUGAGUAAUUUGUAUUGGUAAUGUUCUCUCUGUGCUUUUUUAUGUCUUUACCAAUUUCCUUUUACAAUCUGAUGGAUGGAGAUAAAUUAGGACACAUUGUAAAAAGGCAAGCAAAAGCUUUCCAGCACAUUACAUGGUCCUCCAGCACUAAAGAGCUUAAUCUUUAAUCUCAAAUCAUGAUAUCUGCCUUCCAUAAGUUUUCAGAAAAUGUAUAAAAACUGUUAAUUGCUACCAGAUGAAACAGCUAAUAUCAUUCUGGUGUUCCUUUACUUCCAACAAGGCCAGGCUAGGUUAGGCUAUUCACACACAUCCUGUCAAAACGGAUUAGGCCCUUAGAAGGAAACAGUGCUGGAAUAACCUUGGACCAGAGCUGUGUGACCUAUUAUGUUCUAAAAGGGUGUUUUCUACAUAUCUUUUGCAUAUCUUUGGACAAUCAAUAUGAAAAUGUCUAUGCAGCUGUUUUCAGCAGCCACCUUCAUACAUAUGUAAAAAUCUUAGCUAUGUUCCCAUUCUCUCUGCAGUUUAAGGUACUCAUUAAACCUCAGAAGACAUAGUACAAGAUGGUGACCAGGAAACUUCGAACAGUAGGCAAAGUGAACAACAGCAGGGGUAAUCAACGAGAGUGGAGUGGACAUAUGGGGGGUUCUGUAGGUUUAAUUCUUGAAAAAAAAUGAGUUCACCAAUUAGAACCUAGAUAUUGCCUUCAUUGAUAUAAAAUGAUGGCUAUCAUCUCAUUAGAGCUCCUGUCAAUUUUGUUGUAAGGGGGAAAGGAAAACAUUAGGAAUGUAUUGAAAUCUUGAACACCAUAUAUAUACCAGCAUUUAUACAUAACUGCAAUAUAGAUAAAAAUGAUUCAUCUAACAGCAUUUAACAAUCUUGACUAAGAAAAGUUAUCUUUCUAGAGAAAUUAAAAUGUUUUUUUCACCAUACAUCUAGACUACUUUUAUCUGCACAUAAUUAUCUAUCACUGGGAAGGCCAAAGCUAGAUCUCCGUCUGUUUACUACAACUCCCAUGAUGAUUUGCAAGCAUUGGGCAUAGUUCCUAAACAGCAGGCACCUAUACUUGGUCACAAUUGAUCUAUAAUUUGAUUUACCACUUUUACCAUCAAGAAGGUCAAGCAGAAGACAGUCAAGCUAAUCUGUGAACUAUAAUAUUCUAUUCAUUUUACAUAACUUACUUUACAUUGCAAAAACAUUAGAACAUUUGUACAUAUACAUUCAGAAUGUCUGUAGUUACCACUUCUCUAGACAGGGUAUUGUAUAACAUCAUGGUUCUCACUGUAAAUAAUACAAUAGUUGGUUGAUGAUGCAAUUACAUUUCCUCUAAUUUUACAAUAGUCAUGGAUUGAGUAAUAAACUUCUCUUCUUUUACUCACUGCAGUUUGGGAGGUUGUGAAUAAAGUGAAAAUGGAGUAGUAUGGAUAUCAGUAUAGCUAAACUUAUUGAGCUGGCCUACUCAUACAAUAUGAUGAGUGAAACCGCACCUGGACGCUGAACAUAUUCCUUAAACCUCUGCUAAACCACAGGGGGGUUGGGAUUGGGUGGGAUUUAAUAAAAUGUGUAAAAAACUAAACAAAAACAAAUAACUUGCAAUGCAGGGAAGCAGGGAGGGAGUGAACCAAGGGAAAAUACAUUCAAGCUUCCCCUUGCAGGUGGGCUCACAGUACUUCCUGCAAAGGUAGAAGCUGACUAUGUCCAUCACCAUCACAAAGUGCGCGCUGACGAUAGUCUUAAUUUUUUCACAGAAUUCACAUUUGGCAGCCUAGAACAGCAUUCCAGGCUAGAGGUACCGCCGGUACAAAACUAUAGAUAUCUCUUUAUAUGUAGUGUUUCAAGCAGAAACUGUGCAUAUUAGAGAUUUCUUCCUCCAUGAUCUCUUGUAAAAGUAGUCAUGGAGGCUGGAGUAAACCGUUAAGUUAUUUGCAUUACACAUUAUCUAUAAUAAUGCACUAAAAGGGUGGGGAGGGGAACUUCCAGUGCAAAGUAUUUCUACCCCUACAUCUGUCUGCAAUGUACAUACCCCUUGCUAAGAGUUCUUAACAUCAAUGGCGUACUAAGUGAGGGGUGGGAAGGCGGUUCACCCUGGGUGCCAUUGAUAAUGUGGUUGUCAAUGGCACAAUGCAAUUGCAGGAUGAUUGGCAAAAGGGGAAGCGCUGCCGGUCAGCGAAUGUAGCAUGCUGAGCAGGCAGACCGCAGUAGAGGAGCUUCUGUUUCCCUAAAUGGUCUGACAGAAAGUGCUCAUGGAGAGCACAGAACUGCUUCCUGUCAGACCAGGGAGAGUGAACGGAACCUCCUCUCCCGCGAUCUGCCUGCUUGGCCACACUACACAUAAGGUACAGGAGGGGGAAGAAUGGGACACAUGUAGCCGAGAGGAGGGGAAUUGGACAGAUGGAGGAACUUGCUUGGGAAUGGGACACAGGGAGGGGGCGAAUGGGACAUAUGGAGGGGUUGGGGAGGGGGAAUGGGACACAUGGAAAGGCUGGAGGGAAUGGAACACAUGGAGGGGCUAGGUAGGUGGGCGAAUGGGACACAUGGAGGGGCUGUGGGAAAUGCCUAGGAAUAGAAUACAUGGAGAGACUGGGGGAAAUGGAACACAUGGAGGGGCUGGGGGGAUUAAUGAGAGACAUGGAGGGUCUGGUGGGGGAAAUGAAACUCAUGGAGGGGUACAAAGAGACACACACAAAAGAGAUGGGGGGACAAAUAGAUACAGAGAAGGGCUGGUGGGAAAGAGACACAUGGAGGGGAAGAGGAAAAAGACACACAAGGAGGGGAAAAAUAGACACGCAAAAAGGUAGGUGGAGAAAGACCUGGGGAAGUAAUAGGCCUGGCAGCCACACCAGUCUGCCAGCCAGCUACAGCAUCCAGUUACAAUAGCCUGCCUGCCAACCAGCCACAGUAGCCAGCCUGCCUGCUAGCUGGCCACAGCAGCCAGGGUGCCUGUUAGCCGGCCACAGCAGCCCGCCAGUCUGCUAGCUGGCCAGAGCAGCAAUCCUGCCUGCUAGCCGGCCACAGCAGUUUAUAAAUUUGUUCAAAAAAUAUUCAAAUACAGGAUCUGCCCCAGGUGCCAAAUGCUCUAGGUACCCCCCUGUUUCACAUCCACUGCAAUAUACAGUUUAGCCUGAUGAUACAUACUGAAGAUCAAUGUGUAUCGUAAUAUUAAUACAAGAUAGGAUUUUAUUAUAUUUUAAAGCUAACUCUCUUAAAUGUUAUAUACUAAAGUGCAAGUUGCCAAGAAUUCAAUGUGAAUUUAAUAUUGUAUGUCACAAAAGAUGAAUAGGAAAAAAAAUCUGUUAGCUAUUGGGUUUAUUAACUAAACAGCAAAUUGUAGUAAACUGAAAAUCAAAUUAUAAAACAUAGAUUAAAUAAGUAAUUUGGAUAAAUUCUCCAACCUAGCUACAGUCACACCUAGGCUACUGAAGCCUAAAUUUUGCAAUCAAUUUUUCAAUUCAUUACAGUUUGCUGUUUAGUGAAUGAACAAUGUUUUCAGUUUGAUUAUUUUGGCCUUCAUAUGAACUUUAUUGAAUAUACCAGUCUUUCACCAGUGGAAAUAUAAUCCAAAGAUUUGAUGGAUAGUGUUCAUGUCCGUGUACAAUACAGUUGUUGCCCCGCAUGUUUCUCUGUUGAGUGUGACGCAAGGAAGCGCUAAGCACGUAUGUGGUGUUGUUCCAUCAUUAUUGUGUGCUACCCUCAGUACACAGACUGCAACAUGUGGUGGGCCCAGAAGGGAUGCUGUAAACCAAUAAAACAGGCUUUGCUUUGACGGAGAUAAGAAGAACUACAAGUUAUGGGAGACAAAGUUAUUGGGACAUCUCCAGUUGAUGAAUCUCAAAGAAAUUAUGAGGAUGAAGAUAAAAAUGAGGAGGCAUAGGCUGAGUUAAAUCAAUUCUUAGAUAAUAACAGUCUGUCUUUAGGGAGGUAACUGAUGAUGGAAGAACGUCGCUUCAAAUGCUGAGUGAUUAUUAUGCAAACAAGGAAAAGCCCAAAUAGUUAGGUUGUUUACCUAGCUUCAGAAAGGUGCAAAUAAAGUGUGACAUAUAAAAUGUGCCUGAAUUGUUUAAACCGUUUGCCAUCCAUAUUACGCAGGGUGAUGGCAAAGUUUCCCUUGUAGAGUUCAAAACACAGUUGAGAAGUUACUGAGAAAUACUGUGCUAGCUCAAAUGACGGCAGAGCAUUGAAAGUGAGUAAUAUGACUCCUAGAGUUAAAAUGAAGGACGACUCUAAUAAAGUGUGCUCAAGCAUUCAAAAUGGCAGCCAAUCACUGUGGUGUUAUUACUGUAGUAGCCAGACACGCAGAGAUGCAAAUUGUAGAUUGCAAGAAAAGAGACAAACAGCAGACAUGUAUAUGUCUUUAAAAUCAGAGAUGGCCUUUUUUUAAUACUGAAAGGGCUAAUGGUCAACACAAGGGCAAAAAAACCCUUAACGUUGAAUAGUGUACAAGAACACUUUUAAAUGAGAGAAACACUUAAUGGACCUUGCAGAUGGAAAUAAAAGACACUGAAGAGGGUUUAUGCAGGGAUUUAUCUACUUGACAGUAAAGAAAAUUGAAUGUUAGCAACCCUAAAGAAAGCAUUACCUUCACAUACUCAAGACAUUUUCUCUGUAGAGGUAACAAUGGCAUAUCAGUUAACUUUAAACAAGGCAGAAGUGAGCUUGUUUGUUACGAUGGCACCAAAUUCAUAAUCCAAAAAUACAACAGACUUUACGAUCUUAAAAAUUGUUCUGAAAAUUAAGACAGAUGUUAUUGAUGUUAUAAUAUAUUUAAACCUGGCACUAAAUUAUAGGUCAUUGUAAUUACAAUGAAAUUUCAAAGUUAUAGAAAGUGGUGAAAGAAAUGAAAAUGAAGGGUAACAUUGAUUGGUCUGACCUAAACUGUGAAAUUUGCACUCAUGAAAAUUUGUUCAGAGUAAAAGGGAAAAGAUGGAUGCUUGUGCCACCACGACCCUAGAACUAGUGCACACAGACUUAGAAGGUCCCAUAGAACCACAAGCCAAAGAAGGAGGGAGGUGUCACGUAUUCAUCCGCUUAUAGAAAAGUGGUUAAUGACAUUUACUGUCCACACAGGAAAAGUUGUGCCGAGCAGCAACCUAAUCCACAGAAGGGUUAAUGCUGAGCAGCAAUUAUGCAAAUGAAACCUGGUAACUGACUUUGGGGUCAAAGGCCGGUUACAGUCUAUCAGUAUUUAGGCCCAGUUCUCAGCCUGCUCAGUGCCCUGUCGUGGUUUCCCUUGUGGUUGUCCGAGAGCGCGUUCCUGUUUAUUGUUUUCUACCUGGUUUUUGACUUUGGCUUUGUUUAUUGACUUCUCUAUAUUCUGGUAUCCUGACUUCUGGCUUUCCUCAUCGCUGUGUCCCUUUCUGUGUUCCCUGACCUCGGCUAGUAUUUUUGACUAUUCUUUGUACGUUAAAUCCGGCCAUUCUAAGGACCGGUAAUACGUUACUUAUUUGUCAUCCGUGCUGUACAGUUCUACGUGCUGGAUCAAACAGUAAUCCUGACAUUACGACAUGGCCAUAGAUCCUGUAGAACUGUGUCAGCACAUAGCUGCUUGCGAGAGGAAAUUAGAGGAGAAUGAUCACCGCAUGGAUCAAUUCACUCAGGCUUUAAGUACGCUUCUCGCUAGAACGGAGCAUCUGCAGCCUGCAGCGUCUCCUCCUAUAGCACCUCUAGCCUGUGUACCUCCACCCACUGUUAAUAGGACUCCUAGCAUCUCCUUAUCACCAUCCCUACAGUUUGAUGGCAAUAUCCAGGAAUGCAGGGGUUUUCUUAAUCAGGUGGAGUACCAUUUUGAGGCCUCACCAGGGUCAUUCCCCACGGACAGAGCAAGAAUUGGUUAUCUAAUUAAUCAAUUAAAGGGCAAGGCCCUUGCCUGGGCUAAUCCAUUGUGGGAGAGUAAUCGGAGCAUAGCUCAUAAUUACCAGGAAUUCCUUGCCGAAUUCAAGCUCACAUUUGAGCCAUUGGGUAGAGAGGAUGACGUCUCCACUGCCCUAAUGCACAUCAGACAAGGUAACCGGUCUAUCUCGGAUUAUGCUAUUGAAUUCCGUACCUUAGCUUCCGAGGUAGACUGGACUAACAAUGGGUUAAUCUCAGCAUUCAAAAAGGGUCUCUCAGAGACUAUACUAGAUGAGAUAGCCGCUAAAGAAUUACCUAAGAGUCUUAACGAAUUUAUUACGUUUGUCAUGCAUAUUGAUAAUAGGUUAAGACUCAGAGAAGUCACCAGAAGCAAGACCAGACGUACGGCUAUGUCCCUAGCACCUCAAUUCUCUAAACCUGUUUUGUCUAACCUCCCUGUACAGUCCGAACCCGAACCUAUGCAGUUGGGGGUCACUAGACUGUCAGAGGCCGAAAAACAGUAAAGGAGAAGGGAGGGGUUAUGCCUAUAUUGCGGUAGAAAGGGACAUAUGAUAACUAAUUGUCCAGUGCGUCUGGAAAACUUCCGAACCUAAGAACCUUAAGGGGACAGAUCUUAGGUGUGAUGGAGUUGUCCUCUAACAAAAACAAAAGUAGAUUCCUCCUUGAUGGACUCAGGUGCUGCUGGAAAUUUUAUUGAUGUCCAGUUUAUUAGGGGUAAUGAGAUACCGGUCAGGGAGAGACCUACGCCGCUAGCUGUAGAGGCUAUUGAUGGUAGACCACUCACACAACCGCUUAUAACCCACGAAACUGUCCCUAUUACGAUCUCCAUUGGGGCCUCCCAUAGGGAGGAGAUGACGUUUCAGGUUAUUACUUCUCCAUCAUGUCCUAUCAUAUUAGGGUUUCCAUGGCUGAGUAAGCACAAUCCCUAUAUUGACUGGGCUAAUGGGGAGAUAUUAGAAUGGGGUAAAGAGUGUAUGGGGAGAUGUAUAAAACCAGUACUAAAGAGAUUGGAUAUUAUUGACCUUCCCACUACCACUCCCCAAACUCCUGGAGUUCCCAUACAAUACCGAGAACUUCAGGAGGUGUUUAACAAGGCUCAAUCCGAUGUAUUGCCUCCCCACAGAGCAUAUGACUGUGCCAUUAACCUGUUUCCAGGCGCUAUGCCACCUAAGGGGGCAGUUUAUGCCUUAUCUCCCCAGGAGAGUAAAAUAAUGGAGGAAUACAUCAAAGAAUCCUUGAGCAAAGGGCACAUAAGAAAGUCAUCCUCACCAGCUGGUGCAGGAUUCUUUUUUGUUGAGAAAAAGGGUGGUGAGUUACGCCCUUGCAUAGACUACAGGGCACUUAAUAAAAUCACUGUAAAAAAUGCAUACCCUAUCCCACUCAUUUCCGAAUUGUUCGAUAGACUUCAGGGAGCUAAAGUAUUUACUAAACUUGACCUUAGGAGCACUUACAAUUUGGUUAGAAUUAAAGAGAAUCAUGAGUGGAAGAUGGCAUUUAAUACCCGUAGUGGACACUAUGAAUAUCUGGUAAUGCCAUUUGGGUUAUGCAACGCCCCGGCCGUAUUCCAAGACUUUAUAAAUGAUGUACUCAGGGAAUUCAUUUACUCAUUUGUCUUGGUUUAUUUGGACGAUAUUUUGGUGUAUUCCCCUGAUCUUCAAACUCACCACUCCCAUGUGAAACAGGUUCUGCAGACGUUGUUGAAAAAUAAACUUUAUUGUAAAUUAGAAAAGUGCAUAUUUGACCAGCCUGAAGUCCACUUUUUGGGUUACAACAUCUCUGCAUCGGGAUUUCAAAUGGAUCCUAAAAACUAGAGGCUGUACUACACUGGCCAUUACCCUCUGGUUUAAAAGCCAUUCAAAGGUUUAUUGGUUUUGCCAACUAUUACAGAAGAUUCAUCAAGGGAUUUUCUUCUGUAAUAGCCCCAAUCACAAAUAUGAUUUGCAAAGGGGUUAGUAUCAUGGUAUGGUCCAAAGAGGCUGUGAAUGCUUUUGAGACUCUUAAACAAAGAUUUGCCUCUGCGAACAUACUAAAACAUCCCGACACUAGUAAACCUUUUAUAUUGGAGGUUGAUGCAUCCGAGACAGGGGUAGGGGCUGUUCUCUCUCAGAGAGAAAGCCAGGGAACACCAUUGCAUCCUUGUGGCUACUUCUCCAGAAAGAUGUCUCCUGAUGAGCGCAACUACGAUAUUGGCAAUAGAGAACUGUUGGCCAUUAUUCUUGCACUCAAGGAGUGGCGACAUCUUUUGGAGGGUUCCAAGGACCCCCUGUUGAUCAUAACCGACCACAAAAAUCUGGCAUAUAUAGGGGAUGCCAAACGUUUGUCUUCCAGACAGGCUAGAUGGUCACUGUUCCUUUCACGUUUUAACUUUCUCAUUACUUAUAGACCUGGUUCUAAAAAUACCAAGGCUGAUGCCUUGUCCAGGCAAUUUGAUAAUGAGUCAGCUCCGGAACAGGUGACAUCUCCUAUUAUUCCACCAGAGUGUAUUAUUGCUACUACUGUCCUCUUACUGUCUUCUCCACUGCUUGGCACCAUACUGGAGGCCCGGCCUCAGGCGCCCAGUGGUAAACCGUGUGAUAAACUGUUCGUUCCCCUAUGUGAAAGGGUUAAUAUCUUGAAAGUGUUCCAUGACAAUAUAACUGCUGGACACCCGGGCAUCAAUAAGUCCACUGCCGCGAUCACUAGAUCAUUUUGGUGGGAUUCACUCAGGAAAGAUGUAAAGGAGUAUGUGCAGGCAUGUUCUGUGUGUGCAGUUUCUAAGGUGACUCAUGCACUUCCUUGUGGCCUGUUGCAGCCUCUUCCUGUUCCUGAGAUUCCAUGGUCCCACUUAUCCAUGGACUUUAUUGUUGAGCUUCCUAGCUCUGCUGGGUUCACUACUAUUCUCAUGGUUGUAGACCGAUUUUCUAAGAUGGCUCACUUCAUUCCUCUCAAGAAGUUGCCAUCUUCGCAAGAUUUGGUCCUAAUUUUCAUACGUGAAAUUGUCCGUUUGCAUGGCAUCCCCCACAAUAUUGUGUCUGAUAGGGGCUCUCAGUUUGUGUCCAGGUUCUGGAGGGCGUUCAGUAAACAAUUGGGGAUUGAUCUCUCCUUCUCCUCCUCCUACCAUCCACAGACCAAUGGUACAGCUGAGAGGGCUAACCAGUCAUUAGAAGUUUAUUUGCGUUGUUUUAUUAAUAGCACACAAGACAAUUGGUCCGAACUACUCCCGUGGGCCGAGUUCGCUAGAAACAAUGCUGUUCAUGACUCCUCUGGGCACAGUCCAUUUUUUGUCAAUAAUGGUAGGCAUCCUACGGUUCUCCCUGCGGUAUUUUCUGAUACUGCCAUUCCUGCUCUGGAUGAGCGUCUGGCCUCCAUUCGGGAUACCUGGGUUAAGGUUCAAACUGCUCUAGGGGCUGCUGCUGAACGCUUCAAACAUUUUGCUGAUAAGCGUAGGAGUGCCAACCCGGUGUACCAAGUGGGGGACCGGGUUUGGUUGUCAUCUCGCAACAUCAAGCUUAAGGUCCCUAGCAUGAAGUUUGCCCCCAGAUUCCUUGGUCCCUAUAGAGUGCUUCGUAGGAUCAAUCCAGUGUCUUACUCUCUGGCUCUUCCUGCAUCUUUAGGGAUUCCCAACACUUUUCAUGUGUCCUUACUCAAACCUCUUGUCUGCAAUAGAUAUACUGUUCCUUGUGUUCCUCCCCCUCCGGUGGUGGUGGGUGGUCAGGAAGAGUAUGAGGUAUCUUCUAUCGUGGAUUCUAGGUUUUCUCGGGGCACUUUACAGUACUUGGUUGUUUGGAAAGGUUACGGUCCUGCUGAUCGUUCUUGGGUUUCGGCUCCUGACCUGCAUGCGGGCCGUAAGAUCCGCGCUUUUCACGCUAAAUUUCCUCUCAAGCCUGGUCCUGUCCGCCCGGUGGGCGUUCUUCAGGUGGGGGGUAAUGUCACGUAUUCAUCCGCUUAUAGAAAUGUGGUUAAUGACAUUUACUGUCCACACAGGAAAAGUUGUGCCGAGCAGCAACCUAAUCCACAGAAGGGUUAAUGCUGAGCAGCAAUUAUGCAAAUGAAACCUGGUAACUGACUUUGGGGUCAAAGGCCGGUUACAGCCUAUCAGAACUAAAGGAGGGGUAUUUAGGCCCAGUUCUCAGCCUGCUCAGUGCCCUGUCGUGGUUUCCCUUGUGGUUGUCCGAGAGCGCGUUCCUGUUUAUAGUUUUCUACCUGGUUUUUGACUUUGGCUUUAUUUAUUGACUUCUCUAUAUUCUGGUAUCCUGACUCCUGGCUUUCCUCAUCGCUGUGUCCCUUUCUGUGUUCCCUGACCUCGGCUAGUAUUUUUGACUAUUCUUUGUACGUUAAAUCCGGCCAUUCUAAGGACCGGUAAUACGUUACUUAUUUGUCAUCCGUGCUGUACAGUUCUACGUGCUGGAUCAAACAGUAAUCCUGACAGGAGGUUGGUCAUGUAAUUUUUGGUGUAUCUCAGUCAGUAGACAAUGUCCCAAUACAGGAGUAGUGACUUCCAAAGAGGAUAUGGUGUGAAUACCACUGUUAGACUUUGCUUUCACUGGAGGGACAUUUGUUUAACUUGUAGAUGGAAUGCAUCAUAUAGAUUUCCAGCACCUCAGAAACCUGUGAUUUAUAAACCACACUUUUCAGAUAUGGAGAAGCCUUAAAGAUACUUGGGGGAUGGCCACUGGUACUAUCUGUAUUCCUCCCUAGUAUUAUUCCCUAGUAUUCCUCCCUGCAGCACUUAACUUGGAAUUUCAGAAUGGUCAUGGUAAUAACUUACUAUGAAGGAUAAUAGGAGAUGCAGAUCCACUUAUAAUAAGACUACUGACGGAUGAAACACCCCCUAAGAUAAGGGACUUUACCCAAUGGAAAAGCAAGACGACACUCAUAGAUAUAAUAGGAAUUUCCCACUUAAAUUUUUUUUAUUUUUUUUAAUCAGUGAUACCAUAUUGGCAUUCAAUAAAUAAAACACAAUUUGAGCUUCUGUGUGGUCCAGGGAUAUUGAAUAAAUCUCAUCUAUCCAGUAUUAUAGCAUAAUACAGAGAGGGGCUACAGAAGGGCUAGUACCUUCUUUUCAACGGAAGUGGGUGCAAGGUCUUAAUAUUCAAAUGACUAAUGAGGAUUGGUCAUAUGUGCUUAACAUGGGGAUAAAUUCACAAGUCAGCAUCUCUAGGAAAAUUAUCUUUUUUAAAAGAGUUACUAGAUGGUAUAGGACUCCAGCUCGAUUACAUAAAUACUGUCCAUUGGUUAGUGAUCGAUGCUGGAGGUGUGAAGCUAAACGGGGCGAUAUGGAACAUAUUUGGUGGGAAUGCAACCACGUUAGAACAUAUUGGCAACAUGUCCUAGGGGAAAUAUAUAAGAUUUUACCAACACCUAAACAAUUAACCUCUUCAAAGAUAUUGUUGGGUUGGCCAACCUCCUUCAAAGAGAAACCAUAAACAGCUACUGUUGAACCACUUAUUGAAUGAAGCAAAUGCUAUGAUCCCAGUCUUUUGGUGUAAAUUCAUAGUUCCAACCAAAGAACAAUGGAUACGGAAAAAGUUGAAAAAAUGAGGGAAAUGGAGGAAUGGCGCAUCUUCCAUGAAUUUCUGGACACCCGGUAUGCUUAAAAAAUAUAUAAUGCUUCUCAUUAACAAUAUGGUUAUUCACUAAAGUGAGAAUUGUUAAUAAUAAUUCUUACAGGUUUAUUCAUUGAAGUGAUAAUUCAAAGUCAAUUUUAAGAGUAGAAGCUCUGAAAGCAUAGAUUAACAUUUUGGGUUCAUCUAUUUUGACCUUAAAGUACAAUCACCUCAAAACAAUCUGUCAAAAAUAAUCCAUAAAUCACGUUUUGAAAGGGAAUAUAUUUCUUUAAAUAAUAUAUAGAUGAGAAAAACUAACUCAUCCCUAGUUUCAGUAUAUAACACGAUCUUACAGCCAUAUACAUGCACCUUGGGUCAGUAGUGGGUCUAUGGUCUUUCAGAUUCUGUGCAGGGAGUGAAGCAGGGAAGACCAUGGAGAUGAACUAUGGGUUUUAAAACACUGUUACUAAACGUAGGAAUGAGUUUCACUUUGAAUCAUUUUAAAUUAUCUCUUUAGUAAAUAAAAAAAGAAUGAAAAUCCUGAAAGUGAAUUUCAUAUUUAAGGUACAUAUGAGAUGACAUUUAAUAAGUAUAUUACCUGUUUUGAAAAAUUCCAAGUUGGAUGAAACGCGUACUUUAUUUUAUUUGUUGACUGAAGAUCUCCCAGCAUGAAAUGUAGCAAACGCUCUUAUAUUGUGUCUAACACUGGAGGGAAGCGAUUACAACGGUGAUUACUACUGGUACCUUACCGGAGGUUUGACUAUUUGAGGCUCUUGGCAAAAUCAUAUUACAGUAUAUACCUUCAUUUUGGAGCAUAUUUAUUCAACCUGAGGAUCAUUAAGAUCUGGCUGCAACAUAAUUUAUUCAUCUUGACUCCCUAACUAUCAAGGCAAGUGGUAAUAAUGUUAUGUAAGGUUUACACUAUGCCACAAGUGGAUUUAUUUCCUUAUAUCAGGAGGACAUUUGAGGAUUCUUAUCCAGCUAAUCGGUCCCAUUGUAUUGUUUGUCAGACUCUGUAUUUACGACCUGGUAGCUUGCUUUUCUUAACUCUGGUAGCAUUGUACACGUAUUAGAGUUAAUAACUUUGUGUCUAGUUAGUAUCAGGAUCACUGCAGUUAGGGAGCAGCUUAAUAGUCUACUUCAUAUACACAUGAUGGUAUUAUGUAACUUUAGGUGUUUAUUUAUUUACAAAAAACAUUCAGAUAAUAUUUUGACAUUAGUGCGACCUAGUCUUUUCUUUUGUUGAGUUAAGGAUCAGUAUAUUUCUCUUUUCUUGGAUAUACACAUGAUUUUAUUGGUAUUUUGUAACACUUGUUGGUGCUAUAUAAAUAGUUAUAAUAAUACUAAUAACAGUAAUCUAGGCCAACUGUGCAUAUAACUUAUGUUUUCAUAGACUUAUGAGAGAGAGAGAGAGAGAGAGAGAGAGUGUGUGUGUGUGUGCGCGCGCGCCAUACAUUACAUUUCAGUUUGGUUUAACAAUAUCCACACAGUAGUAGAGAAGAACAGAGAGGCAUGUUCUUACAUAGCAUUGUCUAAGUAAAAUCCUGUCCUGACUAUAGGGGAGCGAUUACCAACCUUAGCACAAUGAUCAUCGUGAACCAUGUUUACAAUAAUGCUAAUCUACAGUAUAUAAGUAAUAUUCUCACAAUACAAUGUCUCAACUCACACACUAGUAAAAGCUCCAUAUGAGUAGGGCAUAGAAACUAGAGAUUAUUAAGUUGCUAAAUUUAGUUUCUCUAGUCUGAUUUUGACAAUUCACUGCUUGUUGUCCAAACAUUGUGAUUUGGAAAGACAUGCUUUGAUGGCAGUAUUUACAGUGCAAAGAUAUAGUUAACAGAACAGGAAAGAACCUCAUCAAACAAUGUAUUGUUGCCAUAUACAAUCUGGAAUGCCAUUGCUUUUACAUGAUAAUUAAACUUCAUCCAUGAUGUAAUAGUUGGCUUUCGAAUCACAUUUUUUCCACUAUCAACCCACAUGCUAUGAGUUCAUUGGCUGCAAAUGAUUUAAAACAAAAUGAAGGGAUAUACGUGAAUGUAAAGGACACAUUUCAUUAUAUCUAUAGUCGUAUAAUAAUUCUACAUUGCAUAUAUUUAAUCUAUUUAAUUAUCAUGUAACAAUCUUAUCCAGAGCACCUUUCAGAAUUCAGCAACUGAUCAUAGGCAAAUCUAUAGACAUACAUAUAUAAAAUUAGACAUACUCUUACAAAAGGAUAAGGAAGCUAUUUUCAUGCACGCUUGAUCUAAAAUGUGUGUUUUAAAAAAUAUAUAUAAUAUUAUAUCUUUAAAUAAUUAUAAAUAUUUAUUCUAAAAGCAAGAACCUAAAUUCAUAUGGCAUUAUUUAUGUAGAUUAAAAACAAACUUUAGAAAAAAAUAUCCAUAUUUGAUCUAAAAUUACCAUUCAUAUAUAUUCACUAAAGGCAAUAUGUAUGCAGAGUCAGAGAUAAUUCUCAAACUCAAAUAUCAGAGCAUAGAAAAAAAUGAGGUCUGCGCUCAUGGGUGUCCGCAGAACUUUUCCAGGGGUAAUGACAUCCAUGCUUGGCCAGUUUUUGACAGCGUCAUGAAGGGAAGAGGCAUAGUCAUUAUCACAUAAAGCCAGGGUGAAUAGCGUUUUCACAACUAUAGUCUCAGGAAUACAUGUCUGUAUUCCUGACAUUAUAGUGUUUCUUUAAUCAAAUUAAAGGAACAUUCUGGUCAUCAUAACAUCAUAAAUAAAAAUGCUAUGAUGCCAGGAAGCCCCUGGGUGCUCUCUUGUCUUUGGUUGUUUUUUUCUCUGUGUUAAUGUGCUGCUGUGGAGUUCUAGUAAUGAAAGACUUAAGCAAAUAUAAAGCCUCCUGCCAUGUUAUAAAAUUAGUUUUGAAAGCAAGUUAUAGAACUUUGUGUCCAUAGAGAUCCAUGAACAAAACUACAUGCAAAUGCAAGGCUUAAAAGUUAUUUCCAUUUUAGGUUUGAUUUUCUUAGCAUUUGUCAUCAGUAAAGCACUAAUAACUAAAAAGCCCACAGGUACCAACAUGAUAAAAACUGUCAGAUUCUGUGCAAGACAUUUGGUGGCAGAGAGGAUACACUUGCUGUUGCCCUGUAUUGCAGGAGGCAGUCAUCAGUAGUAAUGGAAAACUUAAAAUGUUGAGAAUUGACAUUUAUAUAUUCAUACACAAUAUGUGCAGAAAAAUAUUCUUUCCCUUUCAGAUCGAAAUGGAACUUACUUUUCCUUUUCUGUUGUAUGAUAAAAUAAUUCUCCAAAAAGGUCUGACAUUGUGUGCCAGGAUUGCAGUGUAUUGGGUUUCAUCACUCCUACAGUUUAUUUAAAAAUAAAAACAUACUUUCUCAAAAUCUUGAAAUAUGAGACACUUUGAUUUUCUGGAUAGAAUCAUUUAUUUUUGGUAAAAGUGGCAUUGAAAGUCAGCAAAGUCCAAGGAUUGCUUCCCAUUUUGCUGUCCUUUUGCUUCAGUACAUGAUACGAGUCCUUGCAAGUCUCAGAUUGUAUUCCUUCAAAUAAAAUAUGAUUUUUAUGUAAGUUCAUUAGGUAUUUUGAGAAAAAGCAUACUACUCCUGUCAAAUGUCUGCUAUAUAAAACACUUCAGUAAGUUAAGAAAUUUUGCUUUUUAACGUCCACUGAAAAUGUAAUAGGCCAAACCAUUGUAAAUGUGUUUCUUGUCACUUAACCCUUUAUAAAUCUCACGUGAACAUGAUUUGACAGGCUGAAAAAAAUUAUUUUAAAUUUAGUUUAGAAUUCAAAUCUGCUUUUUCUCAUCGUCUCAUCUUAUUCAUUAGUUUAGAUCACAACAGGUUUUAAUCAGGAAUAGUGGAGAACUAACAAAAGGAUUUCAAAUAGUAAGUUAUUUGAAAGAAUAUUUUCAAUUUGGCUAAUUUGAUCUAAAACAUGUAAUUCUUUUGGAAUGUCUUGCCAAUUUCCUGUUUAGUGAGCAACUCCAUAAGUAAGAACUAGUGAUGUCCCGAACGUUUUGAAGCUGCAUUCUUAGUGAGCUGUCCAGGACGUGGGAGGGUCUGGGAGGGAGGGUCUGCUGCUGAUUGGCUGGAAUGUGUCUGCUGACUGUGAGGUACAGGGUCAAAGUUUACUCAAUGAUGAGUCCGCGGCGAACCGUUCGGAACAUCACUAGUGAGAACAAUUAGCAGGCAUCAUUGUAUUCAAAAGUCACAAUUUUUGGAGACCUAUAUUGUAAUGGUAGCGUGGUCUAUCAUUAUUUAUUCUUUAAGAUAAAAUAAUCACCAACUGCACCCUUUUCUUUUAUUACAGGAACUUUUGGGCCCUACGUGGAACGAUUUUACCACGGUCAUAUUUACCCAUGGAGACAAGCUAAGCGAGACCUGUAUGAAAGAGGAUGAAUACCUUAUGUCUGCUCCUAAAAAGCUAUUGACUCUACUGGAAAAAGUACAUAAAAAAUACAUUUUUAGAGAUCCUUCAGAUAAAUCCCUACAGAAGGAAAGAGCAAUCCUAACAAGUCAAAUGUUUGAUUACGUGAAGAACAACAAGUACCAAAGUUUACACUUUGAUUGA